CAAAAAGAAAGAUUGUAUGACUUUGUGUCUUCACUGUUCUUUCCUCACUACUUUUCUUCAGUCCUCACAGAUAAUCAUGAAUCCUUCGUCGUCGUCCAACAGUACUAGUAGCAGCGAUACUGUCACCAUCACUACUCUCAACCAGGUAUCUCUACAAAUGAAUCGUUAUCUGUCGAUGAUCAUUCUUCUUUUUGGAACAGUUGGCAAUGUUCUUAACAUAUUUGCUUUCCGUCACCGAGCACUUAGGUCGAAUCCGUGCUCAUUUUACCUUCUCUGUUCGUCUAUUUCUGGACUUUUUGCUCUCUAUUCAAUUCAAGUCACACGAAUAUUGAGCACCUAUAAAAAGGAUCCAACAUAUGAAUUGUCAUUUUUGUGCAAAAUUCGAACAUUUACACUAUUUUUAUCACUUACACUGGCGUCUGCAUUCAUUGCCCUUGGCUCGAUCGAUCGUUAUUUUUGCUCCUGUCGUUCAGUAUCAAUGCGUAGUUUAUCAAAUUUAAGAAACGCACGUCGUCUGAGUUUACUAACAACAGUAAUUGGGAUUCUGCUCUAUGUCGAAAUAUUCUACUGUCAUGAAGCCAAUCUUUCAACAGCACCUGUCCCAUGUUAUUCAAAAAAUUUACCCUGUCGAUUAUACAAUGAUCUGGGAUUUUUGAUAUUUUACAUUUUUAUCCCGUUAUCUGUUAUGACAAUAUUUGGAUGCCUAACAAUUGGUAAUAUUAAACGAUUUCGACAAAUAACUCCACUACAAAUUUCGAAGACAGCAACAACAUCACUACCAUUAACAGGAAUAAAACGACGAAAUGACCGGCAAUUAAUUAAAAUGUUAUUCGCUGAAGUUCUGCUGCUGUUAUUUAUCGAUACACCCGUCGGUCUUCAGCGAUUUUACACAACGAUAGAAAUGUCUGUUAUUAAAACACCUCUACGAGUAGCAAUCGACGACUUUGUACUACAACUUUUUUCUUCUUGUCAAUAUGCCGGGAACGCAAUUCCAUUCUUUUUGUAUCUGUUCACCGGAUCGAUAUUUCGAGCAAUAAUAAAAAAGUUAUUUGUCUCAUGA